AUGAGGAGGAGAAUAAAACAAGUUAGUACAUUUUUAUUAACAAAUCGUAAUAUUCGAAUAUCAGGUCUGUCAAGUUUCACUCAGUACAAACAAUUAUCUACAAACAAUAACUUUAGAAAUAUUGAUGAAAAAUGGAGAAACAAAUGGGAAAAAGAAGAUUUAGUUUAUAGUCUGAAAUCAAAAGAUACAAAUGCAAAUAAAGAGAACUUUUAUUCAUUAGUAAUGUUUCCUUAUCCUUCUGGUGUUUUACAUUUAGGUCAUUUAAGAGUAUAUACCAUUAGUGAUGUAGUUGCAAGAUAUAAGAAAAUGAGAGGUUUCAAUGUCAUUCAUCCAAUGGGAUGGGAUGCUUUUGGGUUACCAGCUGAAAAUGCAGCAGUUGAAAGAAAUAUUGAUCCAGCUAUUUGGACAGAAACUAAUAUUGCCAAAAUGAAAGAACAAAUGAAGUCAUUUCUAGCUGAUUUUGAUUGGGAUCGUGAAAUUAAUACAAGUUCUCCAGAUUAUUAUAAAUGGACUCAAAAAAUCUUUUUAAUGUUAUUUGAAAAAGGUUUAGCUUAUAGAAAAGAUGCAGAAAUUAAUUGGGAUCCUAUAGAUAAAACAGUAUUAGCAAAUGAGCAAGUAGAUUCAAAGGGAAGAUCUUGGAGAAGUGGAGCUAUAGUAGAGAAGAAAAAACUCGAACAAUGGUUCAUUGGAAUUACUACUUAUGCUGAUAGAUUAGUUGAAGAUUUAAAACAACUUGAUCAGUGGCCAGAAAAUGUCAAAACAAUGCAAAAAAACUGGAUUGGUAAAUCUCAAGGUUGUAUCAUCAAUUUUCCUACAAAUUUAAAAGAUAAUCAAUUACAUGUCUACACAUCUCGUCCUGAAACUUUAUUUGGUGUACAAUUUAUAGCUUUGAGUAUGAAUCACCCAAUUGUUGUUGAAUUAUCAAAAGUAGAUCAUCAGUUAAAACAGUUUUUACACGAUUCAAAAGAUCAUGAUUUUGAUUCUAGAGAUGGAUACCGAUUGAAAAACAUUUCAGCAUCAAUUCCAUUAAAUCCAAGUAACGAAAUCAAAAAAGUUUUUGAUGUACCAAUUUAUGUUGCUCCAUACGUUUCAAGUGACUACGGUACUGGUGCAGUCAUGGGAUGUCCAGGUCAUGAUACAAGAGAUUUUGAAUUUUGGAGACUUCAUCAACCAAACGAACCAAUAAUUCAAGUUGUCGGUCCAAAAGGUAAACAAGUUGAGAUGCCUUACACUUCAAAAAAUGGUACAAUACAAGACAAAUCAACUUUAGAAAAUGGAUUACCUAAUUUGGAGUCAUAUCGUGGGUUAAGUUGUAAAAAAGCUGCUCAAAUGAUUAUCAAAAAUUUGACUAAUAAAAAUUUUGGUGAAGCUAGUACUCAAUAUAAACUUAAAGAUUGGUUAAUUAGUAGACAAAGAUAUUGGGGUGCCCCUAUUCCAAUAAUUUAUUGUAAACAUUGUGGUCCAGUUGCUGUCCCUGAUGAAGAAUUACCAGUUAUUUUACCAAAAGUUAAUAGUAAACAUUUUGAAAAAGGUAGUCCCUUAGGAAACAUUGAUGAGUUUGUUAAUUGUAAAUGUCCAUCUUGUGGAGAACCAUCAAAAAGAGAAACUGAUACUAUGGAUACAUUCAUGGAUUCAUCUUGGUAUUAUUUACGAUAUUUGGAUUCUAAGAAUGAAAAAGAAUUAUUGUCUCCAUCAGCUAGUGAAGACAUGCCUGUAGAUCUUUAUGUUGGUGGUGUUGAACAUGCAAUUUUACACUUGUUGUAUUCAAGAUUUAUUGCUAAAUUUUUGAGCGAUUGUGGAGUUUGGAAAGGAAAAAAUGGUAAAGAUGAACCAAUAAUUAAAUUAGUUACUCAAGGGAUGGUGCAUGGAAAGACAUAUUCUGAUCCAGAUACCAAGAAGUUUUUGAGACCCGAAGAGAUAGAUUUCACCAAUUCAAACGAACCAAUUAUUAAAAAAACAGGUAAAGAUCCAAUUAUUUCAUUUGAAAAAAUGUCAAAAUCAAAAUAUAAUGGAGCUGAUCCAGGGGAAUGUAUUGAGAAAUAUGGAGCAGAUGCGACUAGAGCACAAAUGCUAUUUCUGGCACCUGUGAAUGAUACAUUGUUAUGGAAUGAAGAACAAAUUUUAGGAGUUGAAAGAUGGCUUAAAAAAGUUAUAACCUUGGGAAAUACAAUCACAACCACCACUGCUAAACCCGUAAUUCAUUCUACAAAUACAACACAUACCAUUCCUAUCAUAAAUAACUUGAAUAAGACCUACAAGAAUAUCAAGUUGAAUGAGGAAGAGUUUUUAUUUUACAAUCAAAUUCAAAACUUGACUCAGAAUAUUGCUAAAUCAAUAGAUAUUGACUUUUCAUUAAAUACGAUUGUAUCUGACUUGAUGAAGAUGACAAACUUGAUAUACAAUGCAACCAAAUCCAAUACAUAUCAAUAUCCUUUAAUUAGAAAUUCAUAUGAGAAAUUAUUACUUUGCAUGGCGCCAGUCACACCAGCAACAGCUGAAGAAUGUUGGGAAUCAUUACAAUUGUUUGAUGGAAUUCAGGAAACGGUUUCAAUUUUCAAAUACAGUUUCCCAACUGAUAAACCAAUUGAUACUUCAUUUCAAAAUUUUAAUAUUUUUAUUAAUGGGAAAUCUAGAGGGACAAUUUUAGCACAGAAGGAUUUAAUUAAUCAAAAUGAUUUUGAUCUAAUAAAAGUUUUAAAACAGAAUGAAAGUGUAUCAAAACAUUUGCCCGGAUCCAUCAAAAAAAUUAUCAAGAAGUCUGGUGUUUUGAGUAUCAUUUCUUAA